AAAAAAAAAAAAAAAAAAAAAACACUUUUGCCCACCAACGACCUGCUUGUCUCCUCUGCACGCUCACACGUUUCGACUUUGCCAAGACGGCUGGCUAGUACAGUACAUUAGCGCAGACCUCGUUCCCUCUGCUCAGUACCAUAUUACAGCGUCUCUGCCUACCUAACCUAGAUACCGAAGCCGAAUUUAAUGGCCCUGGUUCCGUCAUAGGCACCCCUCUCGGCCUCACUUGACUCUUACUCGACCCUCCGUCACCACUCGCUACAGUACCAUUCCGUUCCAUACCAUACCUACCUACCUACACCAUCUAUCUACCUUACGUACUUGGGUGCUUUACAUAAGGCUACUUGCUGUUAGUCACCCGCCUUCAAACGCCAACGCCACCUCCCGAUUUCUGCUCUGUAGCCUCAGACAUCCUUCCACCCUUGGUCUUCUCCCAAGACCUCCCUUAAACCGCCACGAUUCCCCCCACCACGAGGAAGCGGAAGGCUGCUGAGGCGACGAUUUUCUCUGCCAACAGAGACGAAGAGCCCAACAAGAGAGUCAUCGCCUCAGCUGCCGUCGUAGACAAACACGCCCUGCCACCAACUCCACUCACCACCGCCAGCAACCCCAUGGAUUCCGAGGAGGAAUACAUGUCGGCUCUUUCGAGCGACGACGAGAUCAUGCAGGACGAGAGCGGCGAUGAGAUAUCCGCAGGUGAAGACUUUGAUGACGAAGAGUUCGACGAGCCCGAUCCUGACUUUGGCCUGAUCAAAGAUGCAGAGAAGAAGAAGAAAUCCGCACAUGUGGUCUCAUACAAGGUCUAUGAACCGAGCGAUAUUCAACGCCAACAAGAUGACAUGAUCAGCGAAGUCAAUAUGAUUUUAGACAUGCAGAAAGAGGAUGCGGCCAUCUUGCUUCGCCAUUUUCGAUGGAAUAAGGAGAGGUUGCUUGAAGAUUAUAUGGACAGGCCAGAAAAAGUGCUCGAAGCUGCUGGGUUAAGCAGCAAUACAUCCAGCCCUCCAAAGCUGGAGGUUAUCUCUGGCUUCGCAUGUGACAUAUGCUGUGAGGAUGAGGAGGGCCUUGAGUCAUUUGCCAUGAAAUGUGGUCAUCGCUACUGUGUUGAUUGCUACCGACAUUACUUGACACAAAAGAUCCGUGAAGAGGGCGAGGCUGCUAGGAUCCAAUGCCCCUCUGAUGGAUGCGGUCGCAUCCUUGACUCAGCGUCACUCGAUGUUCUGGUCACCCCAGCACUCGCCGAUCGAUAUCAAGAAUUACUCAACAGAACGUACGUCGAAGACAAGGACAAUUUUAAGUGGUGUCCUGCCCCAGACUGCCCCAAUGCUCUCGAGUGCGGCGUCAAAAAGAAGGACUUGGGCAAGAUCGUACCUACCGUCGAGUGUCGAUGCGGGUAUAGAUUCUGCUUUGGUUGUCCGAACCCCGACCAUCAACCAGCUCCUUGUGAGCUCGUUAAGAAAUGGCUCAAGAAGUGCGCCGACGACUCAGAAACAGCCAACUGGAUCUCAGCAAACACUAAAGAAUGCCCAAAGUGUAACUCGACGAUCGAAAAGAACGGAGGCUGCAAUCACAUGACUUGUCGAAAGUGCAAAUAUGAGUUUUGCUGGAUGUGCAUGGGACUUUGGUCCGAGCACGGCACCAGCUGGUAUAACUGCAAUAGAUACGAGGAAAAGAGCGGAUCUGAAGCGCGUGAUGCACAAGCCAAAUCCCGGACAUCUCUCGAACGAUAUUUGCACUACUACAACCGAUAUGCCAACCACGAACAAUCGGCCAAGCUCGAUAAAGACAUUGCUCAAAAGACCGAAAAGAAGAUGGUUCAGCUUCAGACAGCUUCGGGAAUGUCCUGGAUUGAGGUUCAGUACCUCAAUUCCGCGUCCCAGGCUCUCCAAACAUGUCGACAAACGCUCAAGUGGACAUAUGCUUUCGCUUUUUAUCUCGCUAGGAACAAUCUGACGGAGAUCUUCGAGGAUAACCAGAAAGACCUCGAGAUGGCCGUGGAGAACCUGUCUGAAAUGUUCGAGAAAUCCACUGCAGAAUUGUCUGACCCCAAACUCAAAGUUGACAUCAUGGACAAAACCUCAUACUGCAACAAGCGUAGAGUCAUUUUGCUUGAGGAUACAGCCGAAAACCUUGCGAUUGGUAAAUGGAUUUUCAACUCGGACCUAUUGUCCGCGACCACUUCUGCGCCCGUCAACCGCCGCUGAGGCUCAAUUACGACACGACGGCAGAAUAACUAUCCAACAAAAUGACUUUGUCAGCACGAAGUCAGAGAAGCCAUUGGCCUAUAUUUCAGCAGCUGCCGUGUACCAGGGCUAUGCCUCCACUGAUUGGCUGUAUUACUCAGCCCUGAAUUUUGCACAAACAUCGGAUCUGACGAGGGUAGCACAGCAAGGUUACACAGGGGAAGAAAAUCUGCCCAAACUCGCUGGCUGCUCUUUCAUUCAAUGGCUGACUAGAACUUGGCCCCAAUCUAUUCCUGUAUCAUUUGUUCUUGCUGUUCUUACAUAAUUCUCUCGUCGUCAGUCAUCGUGACCUGUUGCCCGGUGAAAAUCGACGAGGCAUGGGAUCAUGGCGUUAGCCCGUUGCCAGAGGCUUUGGCGCGAAGAAAGGGUUAUGCCGGUGGAGCCUGGAAGAUCUUGGUUUAUAGACUUGUCAUGGCAUGGUGUUUUCAGUUCUUGGUGGUAAGGAUCAUGAUAUUCAACAAGCGGGCACGUAAAUGAGAACAAUCACAUAUGCUGUUUAUUUUUAUUUUUAGAUAUUCAAGAAUGACUGAAAGUGUAGCACUUCUAAAAAUCACACAGAGGCAAUUUUUGUGACAACACAAC